AUGCAUGGGGACAUGGUUCCAUGACUUCCGGUGAUGGAUGAGAGAGCCAUCACCUUGGAUAUUGUUUCAUUCCUUCUGUGCCUGGUGGGCUUGGUGAGCAGCGGCUUGAUCACUGUGGCACUGGGCGUGCAGUGGUUGCUAGGGAGAGCACUGUCACCUCGUGAUAAGUCACUGCUCAGCCUGGGGGCCUCCCGCUUCUGUCUGCAGUGGGUGGUGAUCGGUGAGAGAUUUGUUUUCCUGUGUCCGAAGGCCACUCUGUGCAACCCUGUACUCCAGUUCUUAGCCUUCUGGUGGGACUUCUUAAAUGCUGCCACCUUCUGGUUUUCCAGCUGGCUCAGUGUCUUCUACUGUAUGAAAAUUGCAACCCUCACUCACCUGGUCUUCCUCCGGCUCAAGCAGAAGGUGUCUGGGCUGGUUCCAUGGAUGCUGCUCAGCUCUGUGGGGCUCUCCACCUUGAGCACCAUCUUAUUUUUCAUAGGCAACCAAAGCAUAUAUCAGAAGUACUUCAGGAGAGGUCUGCAGUCUCGGAAUGUCACGGAGGACACUAUUAGGAGAACAUACGAGAAAUUCUACUUCUUCCCUCUAAAAAUUGUUGCCUGGACAGUCCCUACCAUUGUCUUCCUCUCUGGCAUGGUUUUGCUCAUCACAUCUCUGGGAAGGCAUGCCAAGAAGACCUUCCUGUCUAUCUCAGGCUCUUACGACCCCAGUGCCCCGCACAUCAAGGCUCUCCUCGUUCGAAACUCCUUUGCCAUUCUCUUCACCACCUCUUUUCUGUCACUGGUGCUCAGCGUGGCAGGUGUUUUGCCAUCUCAGGAACUGAAGUGGAAGGAGGUGGUGGUUUAUCUGUGCACAGCAGUCCACCCCGUCAUCCUGCUGGUGAGCAACCGCAGACUGAGAGCCGAGCUGGGGAGGGGCCACUUGAGGGGGGGUAUCUUGAGUUGCAAGAGAUGA